AUGCCCGGAAACGCCGGAUUUUAUUCUUCUGACAAAGAAAAUAGUCCACCAGGUGUAAAGUACAAAUCACAACAAAAAUUCGAACCUAAAAUAUUGGUCUGGUUGGCAUUAUCCAGCAAAGGCAUUUCAGCACCAUACACUGGAACAACGAAAGCACCAGCGGUUGAUGUCGACCCGGACCUAGCUAGUUCACAUUAUGCCAAUAAAACAACAGAUUGGUUGAAUGAACAAAAAGUACCAUCUGUGCCAAAAUAUGCCAACCCACCAAAUGUUCCAAAAGCUCGACCAAUCGAAGAUUGCUGGGGAAUAUUGGCUCAGCAGAUGUAUAGUAGAGGCUGGACAGCUAUAAAUCAAGAACAAUUAAUCAAUAGAAUCAAAACACAAUUAAAAAAAAAUUGA